AUGACCGGUUCACUCACGUCUUCAUUCCAGAACGAGAAAGCUUUAGGCGAACACCUCGAAAAUGCAAGUGAAUAUGACUUCGGCGGAGAGUCUCGUCCUCCCGUUCUUUCUGAAGACAAUGAGCGUAAACUAUGGAGGAAGAUUGACCUCCGUUUGAUGCCCAUACUCUGCGUGAUGUACCUCAUGUCUUUUAUGGAACGCGGUAACAUCGGGAACGCCAAACUCCAAGGGCUGACAACGCAGCUGAACCUGACGGGAAAUCAGUAUAACAUUGCAUUGACAAUGUAUUUCAUUCAUCUCACCAUGGGAUUCAGUUUGGUACUGAAGAAGUUUCGCCCUUCCAUUUGGCUUCCAGGCAUCACUGUUCGUGUUUCUUCUUCUUUCGUAGGCGAGCUAUUUAGGCUAAUCUCUCGAACCCGUCAGGUUGUAUGGGGUGUCAUCAUGACACUCAUGGGACUUGUCAAGACCUUCGGCGAAUUUUCCACCCCCAUCAGUCAAUUGCUCACAGUCCCGCCCUACGUUCUUGCGACCAUCGUCCUAGGAUUCUUCUCUUAUUAUUCCGACAAAGUGACGAUGCGCUCGCCUUUCAUCUUAGCGGGCCAAAUUAUAUGUCUCAUAGGGCUCUCAAUCAACAUCGCGAACGUUUCGCAUAAUGCCAAGUACUUUGGUACUUUCUUGAUCGUCGCAGGGAGCUACUCCGGACUACCUGGGAUCGUUGUGUGGCUAAGUACCAACCUGAGUGGCCAGUACAAACGAGGCAUAGGAAUGGCCCUCCAUAUCGGUAUUGGAAAUCUCAGCGGUGUAAUAGCGUCUAACAUUUUCAGAAUGCAAGAUAAACCGCGGUAUAUCUUAGGCCGUACGUCUACCAUCAUCUCUACAUAUCCUUCCUCUACGACCACUGACAGAGUAUGGAUAACUGCAGAAGGAAUGGAAUUAAUGUUUGUUGGCAUCGGACUUAUUUUCCUCCCUAUAACUGUCUUCACGUAUAGUCGGAUCAACAAGAAGAAAGCGGAGCUCAUGAAAAGAGUAGCUCAGGGUUUGGAGAAGAGACCUUCGCCAGAGGAGCUGAGGGUUGGGGGACAGAGCGCCUGA